GGGAUUCAGUCUUGGCGGGAGCUUCAAAGACUUGCUCUGGAUUAAAUUUCGAUCGGCAGUGCGGACGUGUUAUUUGGUUCCAAAACAAGGAAAAAAGAUAUUUGAGAGUUUAUCUCAGACAGGUCUAUUUCAAUCUCUCAAACAAGGAGCGUCAACUUCGAGAUGACGACAUUUCGAGGAAGCGCCGAGGAACGGGUGGCUUUAGUUUAUGUUGACAAUUCUUUUAAGUUUCAAGUAUUUUAUUGGGAGUUGAAAAGUUAGAUCAUCAUGGAAUAACAUGCCAAGGUUUUCAUGUGCACCAUGCAAAGCCAGUACAGUUACAACAGCAGAGAAACAACAUGUCUUCCACAGAAUCWCUCAGUAAAAGCAAGCGUGGUCGAUGUCCAAGUGCAUUUCAGCAGAUCCCACCCAUUCACACGACUAGCACCAGUCAGCCCGAUGGCGGCACAAUGGGURUUUAUGGGACCAUUGCUGUGGUGUUUUGCUUCAUCGUUGUCUGUAUGACUUUCCCAUUUUCUUUAGUCUUUUGCCUCAAGAUAGUCACAGAAUAUGAGCGUGUUGUGAUYUUUAGACUUGGUCGUACAAUUAGAGGCGGUUCUAGGGGACCUGGUGUAUUCUUCUUCCUUCCCUGUAUUGAUAAGUACGAGUUUGUCGAUCUGAGAACAGUAUCAUUUGACGUCCCUCCUCAAGAGUGUCUCACCAGGGAUAGCGUGACAGUGACGGUCGACGCAGUGGUGUUCUUCAGGAUCGAGAAUGCAACAGUGUCCAUUACUAACGUCAAGGAUGCUCAAGCAUCGACGAGACUUUUAGCGCAGACCACUCUUAGGAACAUGAUUGGAACAAGAAUACUGUCCGACAUCUUGACAAACAGAGAGGACAUAAGCUUACAAAUGCAGGCAAUACUUGAUGAAGCAACGUCUCCAUGGGGAGUGCAUGUCGAGAGAGUAGAGAUGAAAGACGUUCGGCUGCCAAUAGCCCUGCAAAGAGCAAUGGCUGCAGAAGCUGAAGCUACACGAGAAGCAAAGGCCAAGCUAAUUUGUGCCAAUGGUGAGAAACAAGCUUCGRYGGCCUUACGGGAAGCCGCUGAUACAAUGCAAGAUUCGUCAAACGCAAUGCAACUCCGUUAUCUACAAACUCUWAACACAAUAUCAGCAGAGAAAAAUUCCACCAUCGUCUUCCCUAUUCCAGUUGAUCUUAUAAGCAAAUACAUACCUUAACAUAYAUAUAUCAAGUUAAAUUGAAAGAUGCGUGACACUGCAGACAUAUUUGAUAUAAUUACGAUAUUACGUCAGUUUUCCCGCCAAAAAGUGACCGGCAGAAAACACAUUUCUUCUUUUCUGUCAGCACUGGUGAUSCAGUAUGGCGGCUAUGACUUACACAUGCAUCUCUGAAGGACAAACAGCUCAAGAAAGAGUGUAGAAGAGGAGCCUUGUGGGAAAUAAUUAGUWUACAAACAUGGCUUUGAUAAAUUAGACGUCCGUGACCGAAGAUCAAGAUGGCGAACAUUUUCAACUUCUACUUGACGUUAUUUUUAACUAAAACAAUUAAAUAAGAAAAAAACCCAUAGCAUAAACGUUUUUAUCUAUUGUAAUAAUUUAUAUUUCAAAGAUUUUUAAAAUCGAAUUUGUCAUCUAAAAAAGUGUAAGCUCUUUUUUUAUGACGUUAAGAGACAGCAAUCGACAGCAAAACAUUGAAGUUCCAAA